AUGAGAAUAGAUAGUAUAGUAAUAGUAAUAAAUGCCAAGAGAGAUUAUAACAUUGCAAGUUGGCCAAUGUGGAAAUCAGAGUAUGUUGAGUCAGUGGAGAGUGAAGAUGAUCGAUCAUCUCAUGCAUAUAUUGUUGUUUGGUUUACUUUAGUUGGAUCUGAAUUUUGGAAACAGUUAUGUAGAGAACAUGGUAUUAAUCCUCAAGGAUACUUGGAGGAAUAUGCAAUCAAUGGAGUAGAUAGAAAGGAUGUAUUCUUUUAUCAAUCAGAUGAUAAUCAUUAUGUGCCGAGAGCAUUGAUGGUUGAUUUGGAGCCACGUGUGAUAUCGGGUAUUCGAUCGACCGAACACGUCGACUCAACGGUCGUCGUCGACAAUACCGCGCUCAACAAGAUCGCAGCCGACCAGCUGCACCUGGCCGAGCCGACGGUCGAGCAAACCAACUCGCUCGUCUCGACCGUCAUGGCCGCCAGCACCAACACGCUGCGAUACCCGGGAUACAUGAACAACGAUCUCGUCGGCAUGUUGGCAUCGCUCAUUCCCACACCAAGAUGCCACUUUUUGAUCACUGGGUACACCCCACUCGCGCUACACGGCUUGGGAGGUGUCAGCACCGGUAUCACCGACAUUGGUAUCUCUGGAGAGAUGCGUGUCCCCGAAGCUGGCGGUGUGGCAAUGACCAACCUCCAAAACCAAAUAUCAUCCAACCUUUCAAUCCGCAAGACAUCGGUACUCGAUGUGAUGCGUCGUCUCUUGCAACAACAAAAUAUCAUGGUUUCAGCACCCCUCAAAAAGGGUAAAUACGUAUCUAUAUUAAACAUUAUUCAAGGAGAGGUUGACCCGACCCAAGUACACAACAGUCUUCAGAGAAUUAGAGAAAGAAAAUUGGCAAACUUUAUAGAUUGGGGUCCUGCCUCUAUUCAAGUUGCCCUAUCAAAGAAAUCCCCCUAUAUCCAAUCUGCAAACAAAGUUAAUGGUUUAAUGUUGGCAAAUCAUACUAGUGUUUAUCAUUUAUUCCAAAAUAUUGUAAAUGAAUAUGAUAAACUUCGAAAGAAAAAUGCAUUUAUAGUAAAUUAUACAAAGGAAUCAAGUUUUGGAAAUGUUUUAGAAGAGUUUGAUCAGGCUAGAGAAUCAGUUACCAAUUUAAUAGAGGAAUAUAAAGCAUCUGAAACAUCAAAUUAUAUGAAUUAUUCAAUGGAAAAGGAUAUUGUACAAAAUUAA